UGUUCUCAAUUGGUUGCUGAAGUACUGUACACGCACUUUGACACACAUCCUGUUCUUUCUUUCUCUCUCUCUCUCUCUCUCUCUCUCUCCCCCUCCCUCUCUCUUUCUCUUUCUUCCCCAGUCAUUUUAGAUACCACCUGCCCACAUCUCAUUUAGUUAUUUCUCAAACUCAGUGAGGUAGUAUGAAAGCAACACACAUUACCACGCAACCCCCCCCACACACACACCCCAAAGCUCGCUUGAAAUGACCAUGUGACCAUCAUGGCCCAAUGGGGUUUGAGCUUUUAGUGUGUUUUUUUUUUUUCUCUCCUCGCAUUCACUCUUUCCUCCGUGGGCAGAGUACGGUUAAACUUGUAGCCUGGGUUGAGCACAGCUUUCUGUGGCCCACCACACAACCACAAACCAGGGCUGAGACCAGUCGCAACCAGGCAGCCACUUGCGGUAAAACAAAACAAAAAAGCAUGAGCUAGAGAGAAAGUGAGAGAGAGACAACGGGAGAGAGAAAGAGAAAGAGAGAGAGCGCUAUUGACGAGAUAUCAGAAGAGAGAGUGAGAGAGGAAGAGAGAGAGGGAGACAGAGAGGUGAUGGUCAGCAGGCUUUGAGGUGAAGAGGUGUUGAUGUCAAGGUGAAUCGUUCGGAUUACUGUGGAGUGCAAGAAGAAGAGGAGAAAGAAAGAGAGAGGAUCUCACGGCAACACAUCAGUCUGAAGCUGGCCAAUGUGCAGGAGGUGAGGGGCGAGUGGUUGCGCCGAGGGAGGCUGGUCAAGCUGGAGGCGGAUGAGGAGGACCCGGACGGGAGGGCAGUGGGUGUCCAGUGGAGGCAGCGCAACGGCAGGGGCGGCGGAGGCAGCAUGGCCUCCAACAGCAUCUUUGACUCCUUCUCCACCUUUCAGCCCUGCUUCACUCGAGACCCUGCCCCGGGUCGCCGCUUCACCCCCCCCUCCACCACACUGGGGUCUGGUGGGAAGAUGAGCGAGGGUCUCCCCCUCGGCGCCCAGGAGGGCAGUGGUGCCACCCUGGUGGGCAAGCUCCGCAUGGCGGACAGGAGCAUGGUGGAGGUGCUGUCCGACCAUCCAGGGGAACUGGUGCGCACAGACAGUCCCAACUUCCUGUGCUCCGUGCUCCCCACACACUGGCGUUGUAACAAGACCCUGCCCAUUGCAUUUAAGGUGGUGGCCUUGGGUGACAUUCCAGACGGAACACUGGUGACAGUGAUGGCGGGGAACGACGAGAACUACUCGGCGGAGCUGCGCAACGCCACCGCAGCCCUCAAGAACCAGGUGGCACGCUUCAACGACCUGCGCUUCGUCGGCCGAAGUGGCAGAGGUAAAAGUUUCACUCUGACCAUCACAGUGUUCACCAACCCGCCCCAGGUGGCCACCUACCAGCGCGCUAUCAAGAUCACGGUGGACGGACCCCGAGAACCGCGCCGACACAGACAGAAGCUGGAGGAGUCAGUGAAGCCUGGCACACUGGCGUUCUCUGAACAGCUGAGGCGUAGUGCCAUGCGGUGCAGCCCGAACCCCAACGUCCGCAACACACUCACCACACCACCGUUCAGCAGUCCUACACACACACAGCUGGCCGACUCCAGGCAGAUGCAGACAUCUCCAUCCUGGUCCUACGAGCAGCCAUACCCCUACCUGAGCCAAAUCUCCACGGCAACUCAUCACCCGGCGACGCCCAUCUCUCCCAGUCGCAACUCUAUCCACUGUUCUGAACUGACAGCGUUCAGUGACCCCCGCAUGACCCUGGAACGACCCUUCGGCUCACUGUCCACAAUUCAAGAUGGGCGCUUCUCAGACCCACGCAUGCACUACCCGACCGGAGCCUUCCCAUACCCUCCUACGCCAGUCACCAAUGCCAUCGGUAUUGGAAUGUCAGCCAUGACGGGCCCAACCGGCCGCUACCCUACCUACUUACCACCGCCCUACCCCUCUGCCUCCUCCCAAGGUCAAGGUGGUCCAUUCCAGGCCAGCUCGUCUCCCUAUCAUCUCUACUACAGCGCAACAGCUGGGUCGUACCAAUUUUCCAUGAUGACAGGGGGAGGUGGGGGGGAACGGUCACCUCCUCGCAUCCUGCCCCCCUGCACAAAUGCCUCCACUGGCUCCACCCUCCUCCACCCCUCCCUGCCCAAUCAGAGUGACGUUGUGGAGACGGAGGGAAGCCACAGCAGCUCUCCCACCAAUAUGUCGGCAGAGGCGGUGUGGCGGCCAUAUUGAGUGGCAUAGCUGGGUGCUGUGAAGGACAGCUGGGCUGACCACUGGCAAAACAGCUGGCGGUUUCCCAAUAGAGCAAUAGACUCCUCUAGAUGUGUGACACCAGGACUGUAGAUUGUAUUUUACACGGAAGAGCAUGUAAGACUCGCCUUUGUUUUUUGCUAAAGAGUUGUGGAUAGUUUGUCUUUAAUAUGGUUGUUUUAAUUAUUUUUAAUAUUGUUAUUAUUGUUGUUAUUAUUCUUAUCAUUAUUACAGUGAUAAUGGUGGAUUAUUUGAGGACUGUUAAAUGGAUUUCCCAUGUAUGUCAAGACUGCUUCCGUUCACACACACACACACACGCACACACACACACACACUAAUACCCUUCCACACAGUCAUUCACAAAUACCCACACACUGUCACUCAUUUUCUGAGAGCCGCAGAGUGCCUGAAGAGGAUGUUUUUAAUGAUGUGCGUUAUGAUAAGGGGCUAACGGGUCUUUCCUCAUUUCCAGCUCAUUGUGCGGCUCAUUCAUAAACUGGAUUAAAGUCAUUUCUCCCCUUUCCGCGUCUGCCAGUAUUGAGGGUUAGCUGAGGGCUGGAGCAAUCUGAUCCCUCUAGAAGUAUAAACACACACUUUAAUUCAUUCAAGACAUUGUGCUUGUUUAGUUUCAACCCAGAAUCUGGUUUUCAUCUGCUCCCUCUCACAGACAAUUAUGAGCGCAAACUGUUUUGUGUGGUUCCUCCAAUUGGCAGCGUCAAAUGCGAGAUGCAUUUAUUGUUUGUGAGGGUAAAACAGGUUUUGAGGUGAUAAACGGAUAAUGACUGAAUAUCUCAUGAUGCACUGUUCCAUGUAAAUAGCAACUGACUGUAAAUGAUCACGUUGUGACAAAAUGGUUUAUGGUUUAUUGGUUGCUUGACACACUUGUUUCUGCCUUGACAUCCUGAUGUAAAUGUAAAAAAAUUCUCUUUUAUGCUUUAUUACAUACAUAUAAAACUUUGUUGUGAAUGAAA